CCGAAGAGGAGUGAAGUGUCUGUUUUGCGUACACUAUUGUCUGGUCGCGCAAUGAACACCCAUAUGCCUGAGGUCCAGCCAGGCAGAGGAGAAGGAAGGUCUUUUAUUCUCCUUCAGAACAAGUGCUAGCUGCACGUGCUGUAUCUAAAAGAUAAGAAGCAAUACCGUACAUCAACAAUCAAACAGAACAAAUGGUGUCCAGUGGGGGUCCUCCAGGUGGCGCCGGCGGCCGGCGGGAAUUCGGGCUUUCUGCGGAGCACAAAAAGCGUCUGAUGAAGCGCACGGCCAUAUUGCAAUGGAAAAUCCCCCCUCGUCCCCAUAUCGAAGCGAAGUUCCUGAUGCUGGAUUUGCUAUACACAAAUCGGAUCUCUCUUGCAGUCGAGGACAGCAGCAGGCCCAUAUCAAGCCCGAGUAGAGAGGUGCUGGCCUAGGUGCUUAGCAUGAAAAACGUCUUUGCUGUAGGGCCAAUAGCAUCACAAACCGCCUAGAUAAUGCUGCGGGGCCUGUGGGGUUGCCUUCUUGCAAGACAGAGACGAUUGUUGGUCACAAAUCAGCAUGGCAAAUUUUCUGAGGUGUGCCUUUUUGAUAUGGGGAGGGGGGGUUUUGCCUUACGAUAGGCCAGUCGGGUUUUCGAGCAGGACGAGAUCGCCGCGAGCGCCGAAAUCGCUAACGGCAACGUGCAAGGGACGACGACGAAAAACGGGCGGAGCAAGUCCAGCUCGUGGAUGCGAAAAAUCCGGAGUUUCGUCACGUUGACCACGUCAACAUCAAAAGCUUCGUCCGCCGCGGCGGGAAAAAAAGUGAGGCCGGCACCAUGCACUGUUGGAGGUGACGGAAAAGUCGAGGCUGCAACGGGGAAGAGGUAGAAUUCUAUACAAAAGUGUUUUCACGCUAGUACAAGACAACUACAUUCACUUGCAGAUUUCGUUUGUUACGACACGGAGGAUUUUUCGUGCGUCAGUUUUCCAGUUUUCCAAUUUAUUUGGUCCACGAUGAAAUGCUAAUAUGACAGAAAUAACAAAAUCACAAAAAAGGUCUUCUCCGCGCCAACCCGAGGUCGCAGCGGGUGCUGAUUGUAUGCUGUUUGAAAAAACAAGUCUUCAUCUGUCGCACGACGGCGUUAUGCAGAAUGAGAGUCAUUUCAUUUUCUUCAUGUCUACAGCUUUCCACCCGCAUAGUUCCACUACUAGCAUGGACACAGCUAACGUGCGGGAACGGCAACGGGAAAUAGAUACUAGAUGAGGGGUGUUGCGCGUUCUUGUGUGUUAGAACUUGCGUUGUCCUGAUAUACACUACAACAAUGCUGCCUUCGUGAACAGUCAUCAGAAUUUUCAUCUUCAUAAUACCUGUCCGAAAGGCAAGCGCGGACGACAAGCACGGCGAGGAAGCCAAGCAAGGCGGAAACGAGGAGGAUAUUGCAGUGAAAGUGAACACGACAAAAACGAAAUUCUAUUUCGGCUGCGACGAAGAAUGCGACGAAACCUACUGAGGUAUGUUUUUCAUCAGCGCUUGUGUCUGUGUGUGCCAGAUGGUGCCUCACAACUUGUGGGUGUGAUACAUCAUCAAAAGCUAGUACAGCAGCGUCCAGUGCAACAUGUUUCACAGUAUUGGAGUCGUAUCCGAGGUGAAUCUACGACGUUUUUUCAAUCCCUUUCCCUUUCCAUACCCACCCCCGCUCUCCCUACCGCCACCUCCCGACCCGGUUUCGGCGUGUUUGGCAGAUCCGGCUCCGGUUUCGAAAAAUUUCAAAACUCCAUGCAGAAUAUGAAUUGCAAAAGUUGCCUCGUAUUAGUAGCGAUUGCAUUACAAAUCUCCUCAGCAUGAAAAAUGAAAUGCGGAUUUGCCUUAACCUUGUCCUUGAGAAUACUAGGAUUUGUAAUGCCUGCCUACGAUUAAUACUAUCUUCUACGAGUGAAAUACUUUUGCAAUGCAUACAGAAAGACAUCGUCGCGCCGGUUCACGUGACGGGCGAGGAGGCGAAGAUUUUGCGGAAAAUAUCAAGAAGAAAAAUCCUCCCUUCCCAUAUCAAAACGGAAAUCUGUGAUGCAGUAGAACUGUGGUCACUAAUCAGCUUUGUCAUGCUAGAAGGGAAGAGAUGCGGACUGUGGUGCUUGUUGGCGUGGGAAAGCCCUGUAUUUUCAGCAUGACAGGAGGCAGCUGGAAGUGGGAAACAGCGCGACAAGUUGCCUGCGAACGAGGCCACAGCUGCGGCUUUUGGCCUUCUAGCAUUACAAGCCGACUUGUGUACUCAAAUACAGCAUCACAAACUUCGUCUUCGACAUGGGGAGGGGGGAUUUUUCCUUUUCAUAGAAAAACCUACGCAUGAUGAAGAACAAGCGGUCCGCUAUGACCUGCUCAAACGUUACAAUCUCAAACCUUACAAUAGAGUCUCGGACUUGUCUUGCACUAAUGAGCAUGACAGACUCGCAGACCAUUCCACCUUCUGCAACACAAAUUUCGGCAGAUUGUAGUGCAGUUUGGGACUCCGAAACUUGUCUUGCGCAGUCCACCUAUGAGACUUGGCUAGAUCAUGCACUUUCUGCAUCACAGAUUUCCAUCAAAUUCUCUUCUUGUGACGUUUGAGAUUGUAACGUUUGAGCAGGUCAUAUCCGCGUCCAUGCCGGUGGUAAUUCGCCCGGAGACGGCCCCAGACUUGCUUUCCUUCGGCGGGGACGAGAUGAACUCAGUCUUCUUGCGGGAUUUGAUGUCUGCUUCCGGUGGUCAGGAGCAAGAGAAACUACGCAAAAUGCAGGAGCAGGCCAGCAGCAGAAACACAGUCGACCGCAGGACAUUUUCUUCAGCGAGUUUGAAAACUAGUACUGAUUUUGAACAGCUGUUUCAGAUUGAGGUAUCGUACGAAAAAAGUGUUUCACUGUAAGGAUUUUGCAAGUUUGGCAUGACAAGCUCGUUACACAUGACAGGGAAAACUUGCCAUCCGAGGUUCCUAAGGGAAAACACAGCUAAAAAUAGCCUGUCUUGCAUGUGUAGCAAGACAAACACUUCUGAGAUGCAGUUUCUGCAUUACAAGUUUACAGUGAAACAGUUUUUUCUUGCGAUAUGAGGAGGAGAAAAUGCAGCAGUCCACGGUUUUGAUGGAGGAGUACGAAUUUAAUGACGAGGACGUGGAGCAUAUCGCGAAUAAAAAACUGUUUCGCUGUAAACUUGUGAUGCAUAGAACGGAAUGCAAAUGUGUUUGUCUUGCUACACAUGCAACACACGGGAUUUCUAGCUGUGUUUUCCCUUAGGAAGCACGCAUGCCAAGUUUUCUUUGUCAUGUGUAACAAACUUGUGUUGCAGAUCUUGCAAAAUCACCACAGUGAAACAGUUUUUUCGUUGGAUAGAGCAGGUCGCGAUGCUGGCGAAGAAGUAUCCGGAUAUAGUACCAAUCGAGAAUGAGAAAAGCAACACCAUUGCAACCACUUCUUCCCGCCCGCAAUCCCUACCCUGUGCAAAAGUCUGUUUAACUUGUAGAAUAAUUGCAUUUUUGAAGAACAAGCGUGAUGAGCAUGACAGAUGUGGUUAGCUACCUGAAUCUGCAUGAGACAUUCCACUGCAAUUCUUCUUCGAAGAAAUUUGCCAUGCAAUUUCUGCAACACUCGGUUCUUUUGCGAUGCAUAUUCCCGUCCCUGCAACGACUUGGAGCGGUACGACGAGGAAUUGGUGCUUGUGGACGACGAACCUCCGGAAGUUGUGAUGCAGAAAACGAACGAUAAAGAAGGGUCCAGCUUUUUUGAAGAAGAAGCAGAAGACACAGACGCUGGUGUGGUGCCCUCGGGGAGGACUUGUAAUGCUGGUCUAGUAACUACAGCAACACAAGCUGUUGACAACAACGAUUCUUCUUCUCCAUCUCCUUCUCCAUCCAGCCCCGCAGACGAUCCAGAUAUCCACGACUUUGGGGUCUUUAAUACCACGGAGUUUAUUCCAGAAGCCCUCCUCCAGGACGGCGGCGUGCAAACUACAGAAGAAACUAAGGACGGAGGCGUGCAAACUACAGGAGAAACUAGUACGGGACCACUGUUCGUCGAAGAGGCACUGUUCGACGCCGAAAAGGGAAACAACUGCGCAAGGAACACGGAAAAUAAAAUGCAGACGUCGGAUGAAAUUACGGCCGUCGUCCCGCAGCAGGACCUCCAAUCCGAAGACGAGCACGAGGUCAACUACCUGACGGCCCACCAGAAGUCCCAACUGCUAGGAACACUCAAACUCGAGAAACAGCAACAACUCCGUAUCGCCCACUGUCCGGAAGACACACGAGUCGCGAUUUUGCCGACGAUUGUCGUGGAGAGGGACCACAAGGUGAACAACUUCACGACAACUAGUAGUACCUCCGUGCCUCCUGCUUCGAAUUACAAAGCUGCGUUCUUCCUGAAGCAGUCGUCUACCAGUACUGCUACCGUGUUUAGUGACGCGAGCAGAACAACUUCUUCUUCUACUAGUUGUACAACUGACUGCAGGAGCUACUGCUACUUCGUCUACUGCGGCCACGAUGUCUACCCAGGUAGGGGACAUCAAUGGAGGUAACAAAAACUACGCCAUGGGAACAACCACGACGACUACAAAGGCAGCAUUUGCUGCCAGCAGCCGAACGAACUCUGCGGAUGAUUUGGAUGGCUCCACGUCGAGAGGAACGUCGCCGACGGACAUGCAGUCCUUCUCCACUGUGACCACCCCGGCGUCGUGUUCUGUGGGCGGAACAAGUGCGUUUUACAAUGGCGGGAAUAAAAUUGUAUCCGCAGGAGGAACCAUGACGGGCGCGAGCUUCACCAGCAGUGCGAAGAUGUUUACAACUUACGCCGGCACCAGUAGUUUUCAGCAGAAGUUUGUGGAAAGGGUGGUGGAGGUUUGAGGGGAGCGUCUUACCGAGAUAAAAAUUCGAAUUUGUUUAAUAGCAGACACAGACUUAAAAGUGAUACAGAUCUGAAUCAGAAACUCGAAUGAACUGCUUGGUUGCAGAGUUAGAUAGACUUUUGUCACCAGAUGAAAGAAGCGUACUUCUACCUCUUAUUCUAUUGUAACCUAACUUGACUGCGAUUUCAAUAAGACGAAAUAUGUUGAGCUCAGUACUAUCAGCGAAGAACUUGUAAGAUUUGGUAUUUGCUUCAGAAUGGUUGUGGAAAUAAAAUUGAUCCGAAUGUACAAUGCUUCAGACGAAUCAUCCUAAACGAAAACACACCAGCCUUGUCAGCAACUUGCUGCGCCAGAACAACAU